AUGGCCGACCACAACAUCAAGAUUGGAUGUACUGUCCAGACGCAGGACGGCAGGGAAGGCGUUGUGCGAUACAUUGGACCAUUGCACAUUGCCGCAGGAGAAUGGCUGGGCAUCGAACUACCCGAUAACACAGGCAAAAAUGAUGGGUCCGUCAAAGGCCAGCGGUAUUUCCAGUGUGCUUCGGGCUUUGGCAUCUUCGUCCGUAGGGAGUCUGCGGUCAAGAUCGUGAAGCAGCCUGUUCAGGGUCUCAAGACCAACGGGACAUCAAGUGCCAAUGCGCCCCUGAUUAAGCCCCGACCAUCGAGCGGAGUCACUGCAGAUGUUGCGAGGAAGAGGCAAAGCCUGAUGAGCACAGGCGCGGGACCAGUUGGUGGAUCGAGGCUAUCCAUGAGGUCCCCUACAAAGUCGCCAACAAAAGUCGCGCCGUCGUCCGGGACUUCGACCACUUCGACCCCACGGAGCGGAACGCCAGCAACGACUGCACGAACGUCCGACUCAAGUACGAAAUCUAGGCUGAGCACAACGGGGAGAUCGCUGAUGGGACCGCCCGCUUCUACAACCAAGACCGGCGCUGCCACGGCUAGACAAUCCAUCGCAGGCGGUGCAGUGAAGCCUCCGCCAACAAAAGCGACGUCUGUCCAUCCACGGCAGUCCCUGGCUGGUGCCAGGCUUUCGAUAAAUGCAAAACCCCCUCCACAAGACGUCAAGGCUCAGACCCCUCUCUCCGGCUCUGAUGCAUAUCGUUCGCCCCCGAUACAGGAAGACGCUCCGGCGCUUAUACCCUCUAAAAGCACGGCAAGUGAUGAACCUCCGGAUUCAUCGGCCUCAGACCUCGGGCCGUCCACCUCAAUAUCUGUAUCCAAAGAGCCGGAACGUGCUCCAAGCCGCGGCUCAAUUGCUCCUGCUGAGGACAAGUCACGACACACACACGUAAUCAAGGCACUAGAAACAAAGGUCCGCACAUUACAGAAGCAGAGGCAAGAAGACCUGGCGAAACUACAAAAUGUACAAGAACUUGAAAGCCAGACUGCGCGAUACCAAAGCAUAAUACAGACAUUACAGAAGAAGCUCAAAGCAAAUCAAGAAGAGGUCCAUGAGCUCAGGGCCAAGUACGAAGAUGCUGAAAGCCGCGCUGAGAAAGUACCGGACAAGACUGCCGAGCAGGAGUCUGAACUGGAGCUCGCAACCCUGGACAAAGAAAUGGCCGAAGAGCGUGCGGAGAUGUUCGAAGCGGAGCUGGAGGCUCUCAAGCUGAAGCACGAGGAAUUGGAACUGGAAGUGGAAAUUUUGAGGGAAGAGAACCGAGAAUUGUCGUCGGUCAUGAGCCCCGAAGAGAAGGCAAGUGCUGGAUGGCUCCAAUUGGAACGCGAAACAGAGAGGCUGCGGCAGGCGCUGGUCAUGCUUCGAGAUAUGUCUCAGCAAAACGAGGGCGACUUGAAGAAUGAAAUCAAAGAACUCCAACAGAGCUUGGACGAGCUUGAACAGACGGCUUCGAAAUACGAAGAGGUGGUAGCGAAGCUCAGCCGAUCGGAGGAGACCAACGAACACCUGAGGGAGCAACUCGAAGCCGCAGAGGCAAACGAUGAUAUGCUGGAAGCCAUGGCGGCCGAACGAGAUCAAAAUCGGAAUUUGAUCGACAUGCUGAAACGACAACUGCAGGACCUCGAGGAGCACAUACAAGUUACGGACGAGCUUGAGGCAUUCCACGUCGAUGAAGAGAAGCGUUUGCACUAUCAAUUAAACGAGACCGAGGCCAUGCUGAACGAGACGCAGCGACAAGCUGACGAGCGAGAAAAGACAAUUGAAGACUUGGAAUACACCUUGACGAAAUUCCGAGAUAUGGUUCACGGCCUCCAAAGCGACAUCAACGAACUACGGCGAUCCCGAGAGAUCAGUGAGCUUGAGGCGCAUGAGAUGAGCAGCAAGUCCCGAACAAUGAUGGAUCUGAAUCUCAAGCUGCAGAGUUCUGCUGCCAAAACUCAGCUGAAAGCGAUUGAUCUCGAACUGGGUAAGAUGCGAGCCGAACAAGCAACCCUGCAUCUGGAAAUUGUGCAGUCAUUUGUGCCCGAGUCGUUCGAUAUGGACCGCAGACCGAUUCUUGCGCUUUUGUGUUUCAAGAGGAUCAAAUCGAAGGCUCUCCUGAGCAAGACCAUCCUGGUAGAGAGAACGCGCGACCGACCCGAUCUUCUCCAGGAUAAUCCCAUGUCGGUCUUCGCGGUCAUGGAAAAAAUGAACCUCAUUGCAAAUCUUUGCGGCAGAUUUGUGCAGCAUAUGUCGAACUGUUCUACCGCAGACUUCAUGAAGUACGGCGGGGCCCCGUUCGAGUUGGAGCCAGUAGAGCAGACGAUGAAUGGGUGGAUUGAAGCCUUGCGUCGUGAUGAACUCGCUCAUGAGGGUCCUGACCAUCUGCAACGUAUGGCCGGUAUUCUGGUUGACAUGGCCGAAAAAUUACUUCCAGAGAGCCAUGAAACCAAGGCGGCGCAACUCGUUGCGUCCAUCUCCAUGGUCGAAACUUGCACGGAGGGUGUUGCGAGUCAGGCACAAGUUCUCGACAAGGCUGUUCAGGCUAGACUCGGAUUGCCGAAUGAGGAAGACGAGGCUUCUCGGUCCUUUGAAAAGCGAAUCGAUCAAUUGGGAAUCAAGGCUCGCACGGUCAAGUACAUAUCGAGCAAGCUUGUGCACGCCUUGGGAGAGCUCCAAGCGCGGUCCAUGUGUAUGGGCGAAUCGACAUGGAACGCUUUCUCGGAAGCUGAGCUUUGUGCCGAGUCUUUGUCUCGACUGACUCAGCAAGUGGGCACCGCCGUGAUGGAAACGCUCAAUAACGCCGAGAGAGAAACACCGCUGUCAUACGCCGAGGUCACCAAUCUGAUGGCAGAGGCUGCACACAAGGCGCAACUGGAGACUGGCGGGCACAGUACUGGCUCCGAAGAUUUCUUCGACAUCCUGGUCAAGCAAUUGCAGGCACUUCAGGCGACGGUUGACGAGCUUAACACCAAAUGCGCCGAUCUUUCCUCCGCGAUGGAGUUUGAGAAGUUGCCAGCGCCCUGGACGGUCCGAGCCAAAGAAGUGAAGGCACAAAAGGUCUUGUCACAAGACUUUCAGGAGGAGAUGGCCCGGUUGAGAUCGCGAAUCCAGGAGCAGACCAUCCGAAUCUCCGAGAAAGACAAACUACUUGAGGAGCAGCAAGUCAGGGUGGAAUUGCUCGAGUCGCGGGCCAAAGAGACCAAGAUCAAGGAUGACACUGUCAAAGCCAUGAAGGAUGAGAUCGAGACGCUCCAGGCCAAGAACACUACCGCACACCAGAGUCUGCGAAAACUGGAGACAGAAUACCAGGCAAUGUUGGAAGCGAAGGCCGCCCAGGAGACGGAGCUUGAGGGUGUCAAGCAACACAGUCUCUCACACGCCCAUGGUCUGACGGCCGGUACCGUGGAUGAAACAAGCUCGACGCGUGCCAAAGCCGAAAUAGAUCAGCUCCAGGUGGAAAUCGCCAGUUUACAGGCAUCUGUCCGCUUCCUCAAACACGAGAACCACCAACUCAGAAUCCCUGUCAGCGAGGUCAAUCAGGCUGCCGUAGAGCAAGCAUGGCUGGAUGCCGGUUGUCUCAAAGCAGUAGCGAAAGAAGACAAGACCGAGCGACUACGACACGAAUCGCGAGACAUGUUCGCCGGCCUCAUCGAAUUGGCCAAAGCAUCCAAACCCAUCAGACUGGGGUCAGAACCAAUCCACAAACAAAAGCUAAAUGGGCACAAAUCAUCUUGGCGACCCGAUACGCAGUCGACGUUUUACAGCCUUCUUCGAAGUAAAGAGCAGCUAGAGCAAUGGAAUGAAGCAAAGGAAGACUUGAUCCGAAGAGCGCGGGUUAUGAUUCGACCGUUACCGACGAAGCCUGUACAACAUCAGGAAAGACGAGCGCCUGGCAAGGUUGGCCGGAAAUCACACCAGGCUGGACUUGCAAAAAUACCGGUGGCUGAAGAAGCCGACGACCUGGAGAUUGCUCCGACUGUGGAUGGAAUUCAAGUGGUCGAAUGA